GCGCCGUACGAUGAUCUGCGGGCGGAGGGCGCGGCCCCGCCCCGAGCAGAGCGGGGGGGUCUUGAAGAAGUUGGGUCUGUCAGAGGAUGAGGACCUCCAGCUGAUGCUGCAGGGCUCCCUGCUGCUCAAGGUGACCCCACGGCAGGCGAAGGAGCGGCGGUACCGCCUGCAGGAGGAUGGGGUCACCGUGGUGUCUGAGCGGCGCUUCGGCCGCAUGGCCUCCAAACACAGCUUCUCCGUUGCACACAUUGUGUCGGUGCACCGGGGGCACCAUUCGGAGGGGCUGCGCCGGUACGGCUGUGCCAUCCCUGAGUGGAACUGCUUCACCAUCGCCUUCGAGGGCGGGCGCAGGAACCUGGACCUGGGGGCACGGGAUGAGGACGUGGCACUGCGCUGGGUGCGGGGGCUCCGCACGCUGCGGGGGAGGCUGCGGGGCAUGAGCCAGCGGGAGAGGCUCGAGCACUGGAUCCAUGGCAUGCUGCAGCGUGCCGAUAAGGACAAGGACAACAGGAUGUGCUUCCAGGAGGUGCAGAUCAUGCUGCGCAUGGCCAACAUCCACAUGGACAAUGCCUACGCCCACCAGCUCUUCAAGGAAUGUGACCACUCCGGUGAUGGGCGGUUGGAGGACCGGGAGCUGGAGGACUUCUGCCGGCGGCUGCUGCGGCGCCCGGAGCUGGAGGAGCUCUUUGGGCACUAUUCGGGUGAGGACUGCGUGUUGUCGGCCGAGGAGCUGCGGGAUUUCCUGCAGGACCAGGGCGAGGAGGGCACCCUACACCAGGCCUGUGCCAUCAUCUGUGCCCAUGAGCUCAACGAGAAGGCCCGGCAGCAGGGCCUGAUGACACUGGAUGGCUUCACGAUGUACCUCCUGUCAGCUGCUGGUGACAUCCUCAACCAGGAGCAUACACAGGUACACCAGGACAUGAGCCAGCCCUUGUGCCACUACUUCAUCUCCUCAUCCCAUAACACCUACCUGACCCGCAACCAGAUUGGAGGCACCAGCAGCACCGAAGCCUAUGCCAGGGCACUGAUGAUGGGAUGCCGUUGCGUGGAGCUGGACUGCUGGGAGGGUCCCGAUGGGGAGCCCAUCGUCUGCCAUGGCCAUAUGUUCACCUCCAAGAUCCUCUUCCGUGAUGUCAUCGAGGCUAUCCGCGAUUACGCCUUCAAGCGAUCGCCAUACCCCGUCAUCCUCUCGCUGGAGAACCACUGUGGGGUGCAGCAGCAGGCCACCAUGGCUCGGCACAUGAAGGCCAUCCUUGGGGACAUGCUGCUGACACAGCCCCUGGAAGGACAGGACCCCAGUGUCCUCCCAUCCCCAGAGCAGCUGAAGGGGAAAGUCCUGGUGAAGGGCAAGAAGCUGCCAGAGCUGCAGAGUGAGACCUGCAGUGUCACCUCCAUCCUGGAUGAAGAGGAGGAAGAGGAGACAGAGGAAGAGGACAGGCUGCAGGCCAAAGAUGGUUCCCAUGUGGCCCCAGAGCUGUCAGCCAUGGUGGUGUACUGCCAGGCCACCCCCUUCCCUGGCCUGGCCCAGGCCCUACAGCAGCCCCGGCCCUAUGAGAUGUCCUCCUUCAGCGAGAGGAAGGCUCGGAAACUCAUCAAGGAGGCAGGCCCCACGUUUGUGCGCUACACCUCCCGGCAGCUGAGCCGCGUCUACCCUUUGGGAUUGAAGAUGACCUCCUCCAACUACAACCCCCAGGAGAUGUGGAACGCCGGCUGCCAGCUGGUGGCCCUCAACUUCCAGACGCCAGGCUAUGAGAUGGACCUGAACACCGGGCGCUUCCUGGGCAACGGGGGCUGUGGUUACGUUCUGAAACCCCAAUUCCUGCUCAACCCCCACAGCGGCAGCCCCCACCCCCUCGUGUUGCGCAUCAGGGUCAUCACGGCACAGCAGCUGCCAAAGCUGAACCGGGAGAAGCUCAGCUCCAUCGUGGACCCUUUUGUCAGAGUGGAGAUCUACGGGGUGACGGCGGACUGUAGCAAGCAGCAAACCGCCUACAGGAGCAACAACGGCUUCAACCCACGCUGGGAGGAGACGCUCACGUUCCAGCUGCGGGUCCCUGAGCUGGCGUUGGUGCGCUUUGUGGUGGAGGACCACGACAGCACCUCCUGCAAUGACUUCGUGGGGCAGUUCACGCUGCCGCUGGGCAGCAUGCGAGAAGGGUACCGCCACAUCCACCUGCUCUCCAAGGACGGCGCGUCCCUGGCCCCUGCCACGCUCUUUGUGCACGUCACAUGCAAACGCCCAUGAUGUCCCCGUGGCCAACGCGCUCCUGAAUGGGGUGCAGGGACAGAAUGGGGACACUGCUGUCCAGCCAGGGUGACAGCAGGGCUGCCUGGGGUCUCCAGCAGGGUAGAGGACCCUGCCUGUGCCCCAAUUGCUUGCGCUCACACCCCACUUCUCCCCUCUGGCUGAGACCAGGAGGAGAUGGGGACAUGGUGACAACCAGGACAGGGUGGCCCAGCCACCAUGUUCCCAAUGCAUCUGGAGGGACAUGAUGGUGACAGCAGCUUCACCGACUCCAUCCCGACUCCUUUGGGCUGCAGGGAUGGUGCCUGCCACAGUGUCCCCAAGGAGACCCUGCCUCCACAGUCGUGGCACAAACCACAUGGUUUGGUGCUUAAGAACUGUUGACAGAGAUUUGUACCCGGUGCCCAGUGGAUUGAAUAAAGGUUUAUUGAACAGCUUGCCCCGUGUCCCCUU